AAAUGGAUAUAUACACGGACAUAAACACACCUCAUCGGUGGAGUACUUAGAGUCCUUUAAACACCUGUCUUUCACACGUACUUCAAGAUUUCUUGUAGUAAACAGUCCUUUUACUGAAACCCAACACACACAAUUACACACACACACACAGAGUCAUACAAUGGACGUCUUCUCCUUCUCUGCAUCCUCCCCCCGAUGUUUAUCUUCAGAGGGUUUCUUACUUAAACAUAUUAGAGUUGCUGAUUGGUAUCGAGGUUCUCUUUUUAUCUUGCCCAAUAGAUGCUCAUCUCGUCUGCUAUCAACUCAUAAUACUCUAGCUAUCCGAAAAGGAAACUGUGUGCAGGUAUCAUGCAGCCAAAAGAGUGAGAUUACUGUGAUAGAAGCCCGGUGUAUGGAUGAGAUCUAUGAUACUUUGGCCAAGCGUAUUGUUCCAACUGCAGCUGCUGCAACUGAUGCCUAUUUUAAGCAUAUCAUAGGUAUAGCUGGCCCUCCUGGUGCCGGAAAGACUACCGUUGCAUCUGAGGUUGCUAAACGUGUUAAUCUAUUAUGGCCUCAAAAAUCUUGUUCAUUUGAUUCGCAAGUUCAGCCACCUCCUGUGGCCGCAGUUCUCCCGAUGGAUGGAUUCCAUCUUUAUCGUCAUCAACUUGAUGCCAUGGAGGAUCCAGUGGAAGCUCAUGCAAGACGAGGAGCUCCCUGGACGUUUGAUCCUGCGCUAUUCCUUACAUGUCUCAAGACUUUGAGAGACAAGGGAUCAGUAUAUGCACCGUCAUUUGACCAUGGUGUUGGGGAUCCUAUAGAAGAUGAUGUCUUUAUUAAUCUUCAGCACAAAGUGGUGAUAGUUGAAGGUAACUAUUUGUUCUUGGAAGAGGGAGCCUGGAAGGAGAUAUCAUCUAUGUUUGACGAGAAGUGGUUUGUAGAUAUUGAUAUUGACAAAGCAAUGGAAAGAGUUUUAAGGAGGCAUAUAUCAACUGGAAAGCCUGAAGAUGUUGCUCGGUCACGAGUGAAAUUUAAUGACCGACCCAAUGCAGAACUCAUAAUCAAGACAAAGAAGAAGGCAGACGUAAUAAUCAAGUCCAUUGAUUUCUGAGGUCAGCACCAGAAUCAGCACAUGGAAGAUACCUAGCCUUUCCGAUCCAUGAUUCUAUGAUCUCACAUCAGCUUUUGAUGAUCUAUUGAUUUGUUGUUUAAAUUGUGAUGGUUGGGAUGGUAAAUGGUUCAGUCCGGACACCACCUCAAUUAGUAGAUAAUAGAAGCAAUAGUUUUCCUAGGGAAGUUGUUGGCACUGUGGUGCUCUUAGGUUGCAAAAUGGUUGCCCUGUAAUUUUGGUUUUGAUGCUUGUUCACCUUUUUUUUUUUAACCUUGUUUAGUUUAGUUAUGCUCGAAACCAAGGGACAUUAAAGAAGUAUAUGUUCCUCAAUUGCAUUCGGCAUGUAAAUGGCUCAAUUGAGGAGGUAACAUUUUCAUAAA